AUAUUGCGCAUUAAAUAAAGUACGGAAAAAAAAAUCGCCGGCCGGCCGGAGCGACAUGAUGGCAGCCUUCACGAAAGUAGCACGCACUCUUCGAGAUCACUGGAAAAAAUCGACAGUUUUAGUAGCUCUAUCAGCGUGGGGUGCAAACUUUGUAGUAGACCGAUAUAAAUGCCUCCAUUACGUCUAUGGUGUUCGACAGUGACAAAUCGAAAAAGAAAAAAGAUCUCACGAACCAUCGAGACUCAUCAACCCGUUUGGACCGCUGACCAAUCGAGGUUUCAACAAAACUUUGCUCGUAAUGCAUAUUGGGCAAAUCUUUUGAGAACAGAGUACUGCAAACAAGCACAGGUGUAUGGACAGCAACAUGAAAAGACUUUUAGCAAACCUGUCAAAGCAACUGUCUUCCUAAAUCCAGCUGCUAGAAAAGGGAAAGCCAAGAAGCUCUUUCAGAAGAAUGCUGCCCCUCUUCUUCAUCUUGCUGGGAUUGAUGUAGAAAUCAUACAGACCUCGAUGGAAGGAGAGGCGAAGGAUUUAGCGGCAUCACUGGUCAAGACCGACAUUGUUAUCAUUGCUGGUGGAGAUGGUACUGUAGCUGAGGUCAUCACUGGACUCCUUAGAAGAGAUGAUGAGAAAGUGGUCAGUUCAAACUGGACAUUGGGUAUUAUACCAGUUGGAGCUACAAAUUCUUUAGCUAGGAUUUUAUAUUCAGAGGCAGAGGCUGAUGUCAGGUGGAUGUGUAAUUCAGCUAUGGCAAUCAUCAAGGGUUCAACCAGACAUGUAGAUGUCAUGUCAAUACAGGAUGAAACUCAUGGACGCAAGUCUUAUGCCGUCAAUAGUAUUCACUGGGGUCCGUUACAAGAUGCCAAGGAAAAGGCCACAAAAUUUUGGUAUUUUGGGCCACUAAAGCAUAGAUUCAGCUAUCUAUGGGCAGGAUUAACUAAGGAGUUUCCAGCCCAGGUCAAGGGUCAUGUGUCGUAUGGUCAGCCAAAGGAGAUCCCUGAAAAGGUCAUUCCAGAAAAGCUAUGGUGGUGGACAAGAUUAUUCAAUAGACUCUGGCCCAAGCAUAUAGAACCAGAACCUGUAGUACAUGAUGAUGAAGAAGAGGUAUUGGAAGAAUUGGAUAUUUCUGCAGUGGAAUUAUCUGUUUUAACAGAUAACAGUGGGAACAAGCAAAAGGGUCCACCUGCUUUGCAGCUUAGAAUUGGACCUGAGGAGUUUUCAAGAACAGAUUUCAUGAAAGAAGGUUGGUCUAGAUUGAAGGAGGAUAGCAUCGAAACGUUCAAGGUGACUGAUAUUGCUGCAGGAGAAGUACAUCUUAGGCCUAACCUAAAAGAGGCUGAGGAAUCCUGGUAUACCAUUGACAACGAUAGGUUUGAAGCUAUGCCCGUUGUCAUCAAACUUCUUCCAUCCAAGCUACGAUUCUUCACUGAUGCUGCUAUGCCGCAGGAAACCUUUACCAGAUGACACCUGCUAGUCUGAAGUAAUGUUGUACGGACCGUGGGACUAUGUUAUAUAGCUGUACACACAAGUACUUAUGGCCCUGUGCAUCACAUGUGUAUAAGGGCAAUUCCAGUAUGUACAUCUGAACCCCUUCGUGUGUGACCAUCCUGAACUGAUCCUUCUUCACCCUAUGCUUCAUAUGAAAGUUCAUGAAGUGAAGUAAAAAAAAAAAGAGAAUUGGAUAUAUACAUGUAAUGUUGAUUU